UCUCACAGUUCUAGCGACUGGAAGUCCGUGGUCAAGGUGUCGGCAGGGCUGGUUCUUUCUUAAGACGGUGAAGGAGAGUCUGAUUCAUGGCUCUCCUAGACACCAGUGGUUUCCCGGCCGUCUGUGAUAUUCCUUGGCUUUUAGAUGCCUCAGCCAGCUUCUGCCCUCUUCACAUGAUGUUCUCUGUGCAUGCCUGUCUCUGCCCAACUGUCCCCUUUUUGUGAGCACCAGUCAGAUUAGAUUAGGGCCCGCCCUAAUCACAUCCUUUUAACGUGAUAAUCUGCAAAGAUCCUAUUUGCUGUCAUGGUCUCUUUCACAGGUUCCCCAGGGGAGGUAGCGCUUCAGCGUAAUUUUAGAGGACAUGAUUCAACCCAUGAUAGGAGCAAGGGUGAGAAAGAGAGGAGGAGAGAGCAAGGUCUGGGCCUCCUGUGCCAGGGGACGGUGGGGGUGGAAGGAACUGGCAGCAAAGCUGGCGGGGACAGCAGCAAAGGCCCGGGGAGUGGAACAGUGUGCUUUGUGUGCUUUGGAAAAACAGCAGUGAACAAUCAGACAAAAGUCCUGCCCUUGUAGAGCUUAUGUUUCAUGGGAGUGGGUAGAGAAACAGACAGUAAACACACCUUAGUAUUUUAAUUUGCCAGGUGUUGAGAAGAGCCUUGGAGAUUCUCAAAGAUGGCCCCGUGUCGAUGAUGGGCUUUCCAUGUAGAAUGUUGGGUCCAGGAAGACUUCACUAAAUAGGUAACAUUGGAGUAAACACAGAAAUGAAGAAAUGAGCCAUAUGGUGUGGAUGAAGUUCUGGGGAAAGAGGGCUGGCAGGGUGACGGCCCUGGGCUGGGCUGUUCUUGGCAAGUUCAAGGCCAGUGUGGCUGGAGAUGAGUGGAUGACGGUGACAGUGCACACUUGGCUUUCUGAAGGCCUCCUGGGUUUGAAACCACCUAAUCCUUAUCCUCAUUAACCUCAAAACGUCCCCAGAAAUUCUGAACUACACCUCGCAGGGUGUCUGCCUCUUGAAUUUGGAAAUGACACAGCAUCCCCACCUGUACACCCUGAUUUGAGAUUUGGAAGACACAAUUCAAUCCAGAAAUUGCUAAGUGCUGCCCACUGGGCGUUAUGCUGGGCUCCCAGGAAAGCAACCACACUUAACCCACUAUUUCACCUUUGACUUUAAGAAAACAUGCGUGUCAACAUGCUUGUCCAUGUGUAUGUGCACAGACACACCACACCACACACACUGAGAGUAACAACUGAGUCAAAAGAUGAAACUUUUUUUUCCAUGAAAAGUUAAGCUGAUGUUCUAAGACCAAAAUAAAGACAAACAACGAGCAGGUUCAUUGUGGCACGUCCCCAGUGGCAGUUUCCCCCUCCUCUCUCGGUUGCAGACAGCACAGCUGCUUUACAGCCAUCAGAAGAAAUGCAGCUUAUAGCGAUGCUCAGUUAUCCUUCACCCUGUUCGAGCCAGAAGCCCGAAAACUCUGAGCAUGCUGGAUCGCCUUCUCCCUCCUACCUACCUCACCACCUCAGUGAUCUCAGACCUCAUCUGCAGGAGUCCAACUUUGUAUCCGCAGGCCAGGCCCCUCCCUGACCUUCAGCUGUCCUACAUCCUGCUGCCUUCACAUCAUCUCCUCUUAGCUGUCUAAAGGACAUCUUGGCUUUCACGUGUUCCAAACCCAGCCGCUGGUAUUCAUCUCCUUCCACCUUCUCUCCUUCCCCAUCUUGGUUCAUGGCAACUCUAGUCUUCCAGCUACUCAGGCCGAAAUCAGAACUCAUCCUUGACUCUUCUCUUUCUCUCACAGUAGUUGUUAAUUCAUCAGCGAAUCCUACAGGUUCCUCCUUAGAAUACUUCAAGAAGCUGAUGUCACCACUGAUGCCGCUUUUGUGCAAGCCAAGAGCCUCUUGGUUGGUCUCCCUGCUCCUGCUUUUUGCCCCGCACUGACUAGUCUCAACCCAGCAGCCAGAAUGACCCAGUUAAAACCCUUCAGGUUGCGUCUCUCCUCUGAGGACUCCCCUCUCAAAGGAAAAGCCAAAGUCCCUUCAGUGCAACCAGGGGGUGCCCUACACGGUCCUCCUGCCUCCCUUGCCUCUCUUAUUCUACUUGCCAUCAGGUUCCACCAUGCGCGCUUUGCUUCAGCCAUGCUGGCCUGCUGCUGUUCCUCAGACGCGCCGGCACACUCUUGCCUCGGAAGGUUCAUAUUCUCAUUCUCUCUGCCCCGAACGCUCAAUGUCACACAGCUGUGCAGCCGCCUUCUUUACACAAAUGCUAACUCUUCCAUGAAACCUUUCUCCACCACUCAAUGUCCAUUUCCAAGCCCAGUGCAUGCUCCUCAGCCCCGUCCAUGCUCUGACUUUUUGCCUUCAUCCGCAUCACCAUCUGACCCAGGGGAUAGUUUUAAUUGUAUCUCUCACUAGACUGCAAGCUCCAUGAGACACACAUUUUUGUCUGUGUUAUUCAUUGCUGUACUUCCAGUUCCCAGAACAGUUUUGGCACAUAGCAUGUGCUCAUUAAUUACGUGUUGGUUGAAUGAAGGGAGCCUUAUGAUGGAAGGAACAUGCCACUCCUUUUCCAGCAUCCCCGUCAGUGGCCAGGGCAGAGUAGGGAUUCAGCUGCUCUUGUGGGGGCAGGAGGGACUGGCAUGACCAUCUCCCUUAGCAUCCUCAUUUUCAGGACAGGGACAGUGGUCCCCAGGAAGGGGAAGGAGAGUCCAGUCUGGUUUGGCUGAUCCCCCGUGGGAGGCCGAGGGUGCAAAUGGACAGCUGCAGCUCCUGGCAUCUAUGCCACAUAUACAGGCUUUCUGAAUCAGGAGGGAAUGUUCUUUCCUUUUGAACUCAGGAUAUUCCUGUUUUGAUUUGGCUGUAGCAGUGAUGACGCUGAACUGUGCAAAGCCUGGGAACAGUGAGGGCAUUAGGACCAGGAGCGAGGCGCACGCUUGGCUCCGGGCUGUGUCUGGCAGAGGGCUCUCGGCUGAGUGGAGCUAUGUGUGAAAGGAAACCAGGCACUGCCUGCCGGCUUUACAUCUGUUGAUCUGACCCGACUGGAAGCGUCCAAAGAGGGACGGCUGUCAGCCCUGCUUGACUGAGAACCCACCAGCUCAUCCCAGACACCUCAUAGCAACCUAUUUGUGCAAAGGGGGAAAGAAACACCUGAGCAGAAUCAUUAUUUUUUUUCCCCCAAGGAGAAAACCGGGGUAAGGGAGGGAAGCAAGUCAGUUUGAAGUCCCUGUGAAUGGGCUUUCUUUCAGAAGGCAAUUAAAGAAAUCCACUCAGAGAGGACUUGGGGUGAAUCUUGGGUCCUGUGGUUUUCUGAUUGUAAGUGGAAGCAGGUCUUACACACGCUGUUGGCAAAUGUCAGGAGCAGGUUAAGUGACUGGCAAAAAACCUUCCAGAUGGAAGGAGCAACCCAGGUUCUGCUGCAAGCUUGAAGGAGCCUGGAGCGGGAGAAAGCAAACUUGAACAUGACCUGUUGCACUUGGCAAGUUCCAGCAACAUGCUCCUAAGGAAGCGAUACAGGCACGGACCAUGCAGACUCCAAUUCCUCCUGCUGCUCCUGAUGCUGGGAUGCGUCCUGAUGAUGGUGGCGAUGUUGCACCCUCCCCCGCACACCCUGCACCAGACGGUCACAGCCCAAGCCAGCAAGCACAGCCCUGAAGCCAGAUACCGCCUGGACUUUGGGGAACCCCAGGAUUGGGUACUGGAGGCUGAGGAUGAGGGCGAGGAGUACAGCCCUCUGGAGGGCCUGCCACCCUUUAUCUCACUGCGGGAGGAUCAGCUGCUGGUGGCUGUGGCCUUACCCAGGGCCAGAAGGAACCAGAGUCGGGGCAGGAGAGGUGUCAGCUACCGGCUCAUCAAGCAGCCGAGCAGGAGGCGGGAUGAGGAAGCCACAGAGAGGGACUGGGGGACCGAGGAGGAGAACGGGGAGGCAUCUGAAGAAGAGGAGCUGACCCCAUUCAGCUUGGACCCACGUGGCCUCCACGAAGCACUCAGUGCCCGCGUCCCCCUCCAGAGGGCUCUGCCUGAGGCGCGGCAUCCGCUGUGUCUGCAGCAGGCUUCUGAGGACAGCCUGCCCACAGCCAGCAUCAUCCUCUGUUUCCAUGAUGAGGUCUGGUCCACCCUCCUGAGGACUGUGCACAGCAUCCUCGACACAGCGCCCAGGGCCUUCCUGAAGGAGAUUAUCCUCGUGGAUGACCUCAGCCAGCAAGGACAACUCAAGUCUGCUCUCAGCGAAUACGUGGCCAGGCUGGAGGGGGUGAAGUUACUCAGGAGCAACAAGAGGCUGGGCGCCAUCAGGGCCCAGAUGCUUGGGGCCACCAGGGCCACGGGGGAUGUGCUGGUCUUCAUGGAUGCCCACUGCGAGUGCCACCCAGGAUGGCUGGAGCCCCUCCUCAGCAGAAUAGCUGGUGACAGGAGCCGGGUGGUGUCUCCGGUGAUAGAUGUGAUUGACUGGAAGACUUUCCAGUAUUACCCCUCGAAGGACCUGCAGCGUGGGGUGUUGGACUGGAAGCUGGAUUUCUACUGGGAGCCUUUGCCGGAGCAUGUGAGGAAGGCCCUCCAGUCCCCCAUAAGCCCCAUCAGGAGCCCUGUGGUGCCUGGAGAGGUGGUGGCCAUCGACAGACAUUACUUCCAAAACACUGGAGCGUAUGACCCUCUCAUGUCGCUGCGGGGUGGUGAGAACCUCGAACUGUCUUUCAAGGCCUGGCUCUGUGGUGGUUCUAUUGAAAUCCUUCCCUGCUCUCGGGUGGGGCACAUCUACCGAAAUCAGGAUGCCCACUCCCUGCUCAACCAGGAGGCCACCCUGAGGAACAAGGUUCGCAUUGCUGAGACCUGGUUGGGGUCAUUCAAAGAAACCUUCUACAGACAUAGCCCAGAGGCCUUCUCCUUGAGCAAGGCUGAGAAACCAGACUGCAUGGAACGCUUGCAGCUGCAAAGGAGACUGGGUUGUCGGACAUUCCACUGGUUUCUGGCUAACAUCUACCCUGAGCUGUACCCAUCUGAACCCAGGCCCAGGUUCUCUGGAAAGCUCCACAACACUGGACUUGGGUUCUGUGCAGACUGCCAGGCAGAAGGGGACAUCCUGGGCUGUCCCAUGACGUUGGCUCCUUGCAGUGACAGUCGGCAGCAACAGUACCUGCAGCACACCAGCAGGAAGGAGAUCCACUUUGGCAGCCCACGGCACCUUUGCUUCGCUGUCAGGCAGGAGCAGGUAAUUCUUCAGAACUGCACGGAGGAAGGCCUGGCCAUCCACCAGCAGCACUGGGACUUCCAGGAGAAUGGGAUGAUUGUCCACAUUCUUUCUGGGAAAUGCAUGGAAGCUGUGGCGCAAGAAAACAAUAAAGACUUAUACUUGCGUCAGUGUGAUGGAAAGCCCGCCAGCAGUGGCGAUUUGACCAGGUCUAUGCUGUGGAUGAACGAUGAACGUCAGUGUCGGAAGGAAAAGAGAAUUUUGGCCAUCACAGUUCAUCUCCAAGUGAACUUAAAGAGCUUGUGUAUUUCAUGAAGCUUUUGUGUUUGUGCUCCUGGUAUUAGGAGAGAAAAAAGCUCCAUGAAAGAAUAUAGGAUGUUUCUCCUUUUCACACUUUAUUUCAUUGACUGCUGGCUGCUUUUUUUUUUUUUUUUAAAGGAUCCAUUUUAUCAUUGUCUUCAUCACUGGGAAAUGAUUAUUACAUAGUAUAGAAGAUUAGUUGUUUCUCUCCUCUGAGCCCUUAACAAUUGCUUUCUCUCUGGCCUGGACAUUCUCUGGCAGCAUCUCCAGGAUACAUAAAUCCAAUGGAUCAAUUUAUUUGUCUUCAAAUGGCCUUAACUUGGAUUGUCUGUUUGGCCAACCAUGAAAAUUAAGGAGUGAAGUGGGUAUAAUGGCAUGACAUUCCAAAAACUCUGAAUUGGUUUAUGAGCACAAAUGUUGUGUUCAUUUGUUGAGCCAUAUCUCAGAAGAAGGAAAGGAAGCUGCAGAGAGGAAGAUGAGGGUUGGAGAGAAGAUGCAGGAGCACUUUGGCUCAAUUCUCCAGCUCAACCCAGCAGUUGAAAGAGUCAGAGACCUUGGAAAAGACAUUUUCAUGUUAAUGAGAAUUUCCCCCGUUAUGGAGAAUUUCCUUCCUAAUGAGAAUCUACCUCCAUUCACCCUUCUGUGUCUCUUCUCUAACUUGGUUAACGAUGACCAGAUUCCCUUGCAAUCGAUUUCUCUUUAGUCCUUGGUGUCCAAAGUAUCAGCACAAACUGAGCAUUCCCAUUUACAAAGGUGUUCACAGUUGAGAAACUCUCCUACUGGGCGUGAUGGCUCAUGCCUGUAAUUCCAGCACUUUGGGAGGUGGGCAGAUCACCUGAGUUCAGGGGUUUGAGACCAGCCUGGUCAACAUGGUGAAACCCCGUCUCUACUAAAAAUACAAAAAUUAGCCAGGUGUGGUGGUGCAUGCCUGUAAUCCCAGCUACUUGGGAGACUGAGGCAGGAGGAUCGCUUGAACUCAGGAGGCAGAGAUUGCAGUGAGCCAAGAUCACACCACUGCACUCCAGCCUGAGUGGCAGAGCAAAACUCCAUCUCAAAAAAAAAAGAAAGAAAGGAAAAAAAAGAGAAACUCUCCUGAUGCCUUGUUACAGGGUUUGCACUGACUGGAUCAGAAAGAGCAACCUUUCCAAAAAGGCAAACCUCCCUGGAAGGAAAAUUCUUAUGACAGGUAACAAUUGGGUGUUAACGUUCAUGAGAGCUGACAGGGCCAUCUCUGAGCCCAUAUAACUGUCUGGGACCCUCAGAUGUGUCCACAGGUUGAAUGUUCAUGAGUGUGGAAAGAGCACGGCUCAUCUGGAGCACAGCAGAGGCUAAUAAGAGGUAAAUGACUUUCCUUGCCCUGACCGGGCUUACCUAGUUCAGCCAUAAGAGUUGCUGAGUGGGAUGGGCUCUGCUAUUUUAAAAACGCCAUUCAUAUUCAUUUUUCCCCAGAUGGAGUUACUUUUCUACAUGGUCAGCUUAGAAAUCUUCCCCUAAAGAUGCUGAUCUCCUUUAGGCUGUCUCAGAACACAGUAUCCUUCAAAUAAGAAAAACUGGGUGGCAAGUGCAGUGUUUCCAAACAAUACCUAUCAUAACUACGUAUUCAUUGUCUACCUGCUAAGUCAAGUUUCACUCUAUUUCUCCUUCCUCAGAAUACACUCUGGAACUGUGCUGUAUAAUACGGUAGGCACCAACCAAAUGUGGCCAUUUUAAUGUAAAUUCAUUAAAAUCAAAGAAAAUGUAGAACUCAAUUCCUCGAUUGGACUGGCCACAUUUCAAAUGCUUACCACUCAGCUGUGGCUAGGGUCUACUGUGUUGGUGAGCCCGGAUACAGAACAUUUCUUCCUCACAAACCGUUCUGUUGGACUGAUCUAGAUAGGUUCAUUAUCCCUUCUGGAGAAGAGACUUUAGCCACUGUCUUCUGGCUUCAGACCCAUCUAUAUUUAAAACAAGUUUCCCUAAAUCCUGAGACUGAGAUGGAGCUAAAAAUUCUCAGUUGGCAACUGUGUAAAGGGUAUUAGUGGUUGAAGAAAAAACAAUUUUAAGACCUCUAUUUUUUAAAUGAAAUUUAUUAUUGGCAUUGUGGGUGUUUGAAGUUGCUGGGAUAAAUUAAUAUAAUUAAAUAAAAGGCUGAAUUCAAUUGUGUAA